AUGGCGGCAUCCGCGCCGGCGUCCAUGUUCCACAUACUCUUCAGAGACAAGAAGAAGAAGAUCGCACACUUCCUUCGUACCACCACAAGGGAGUCGCUCUUAUCCGAGCUGCACAUCAACCUCGUGCGAGAAGUAGUCACUUCCAUCCCGCCAGAGUCCAUCUUCGCCGCGUCUAGCAUCCAAGACUCGACCCACGAGCAGCCGCCUUACUGGUCGAGGAAGAGCUUUGAAGACCACCUCGCCCGAACCCAUCCCGACACAAUCAUCCCCGACACGGCGAUCGACGUCCUCUGGUCCUGCUUCUGCUUCUACGCCUACCAUCCAUUUACCUUCUUGGAGGCGGACGACCGCAAGGUGGAGCAGCCCGCCUUCGAGCGUGGGCUACUCCUGCUGUCGCGGCAGGGCACCCGGCUCCUCGGGACGGUACGCGAUGACUUCGGCCUUUGCUGGGGCCGGCUGGACGAGCCUUGCACCUGCGGGCUCAGGAUGAAUCGCAUCUUCCGAAGCAUCAGCCGGGCCGAUCGCCGCCAGGCAAGCUCAGAUCCACCAACCGACGGCUUCGACACCUUCGUGGCCAACGACAUGACGGAUGCGAUCCUCGCAAUCUUCCCCUCCCACCCCAAACUGCAUCCGUCGCCGGAGCAGGUGCAGCCGCUGGCGGAACGUCUGCUCGGGGGUCGAACGGGCCAAUGUGCGAUGAGGGCCGGGGACUUCACGGCGUUACUGUGCCUGGUCCUGAGGCUCAGAGUCCAGCCACUGACCCACCACGACCGAGAGUAUCGACAGGGCUUCCUCGAGGAGCCCAGUGCGGACCAGGCGGAGUUGGCGGGGGUCCUGGUCCGAUCGUUCAGUCAUGACCAGAGCGAGUAUCUGGCUCCCGAGAUGGUGCUCCGGGCUUUGGACAUUCUGCCCAAUCUCGAACAAUCGUUCCAUCGGCUGUGGGCCACUCUGUUUCCACUCAGCCUGUCCACGGAGCGACCGGAUCUGGAGACCGGAUCCUCCGCACCGGACACUAUGGACGCGAUCCUCCGGGCAGUCUCACUGUUCAUCCCGCCGUUCCAGGCCCACCACCGUUCGGAACUGGCACGAAGAGUCAAGGCGAUCACCUUCCACACCUGCUACGAUAUGAACUUCCAAGGCUCGGCCGACAGCCUUGACCUGCGGCAUAUUCUCCAGCAAGCCACCACGCACGACCAUCCGGCCGGUCGCGCGUAUCUCGUCCUGUUUCUGGGGGAUCACGCCCACAACUCGGACAAGGUAGUGGCGGGUGCAUUCUUCCGUGACCUCACACUCGCCACGCCUCCCACCGCAAAAGAACACGACGACAAGCCGCCCCCCGAGAAAGGCAAAUCGCCCGUCGUCGCCCGUCCACAGCUUCUCUUCCAGCUUCAGCCACAGCUCAGCCUGUUCCGCUGGACCGGAGGACGCAGCAGCAUGCCUCUCUCACUCUCCCCGGAAGACAACAGUCCUCCCGGACAUCCCGCCCCCCGCCACUGCAUCGGGGAUCCCGGUCAAUCGAGGGUGGCACUCGAGAUUGACGCGGACACAAAACAGGCUACCUUCCUGCGCGGAACCGGCCACGCUGCAGGCACGCUCUCGGGUGGUGGGUAUGAAGAGCUGACCAGGAAGCAUGCCAGAACUGAGAGUGGUGGUGGAGAUUCGCCCGCGUGGCAAACAACCUUCACCGUGGGCCGCGUCGCGGUCUUCCGUGUCGAGGGCGGGCCGACCUAUGCCUAUGAGAAUUCGUGGUGA